CGGGACGCAACCCCCCCCCCCAAAACAGCUUGGGACUACCCCCUGUACCUGGGCUACUCGUGCAAGCCUGGGCAGCUCCGACCGGCUUGGAUUGUGAACGUCGCUCGUGGUAACUUAAAAGCGAACCGCGGCUUUUCUGGCCAACUUUCACCCUCGUGUGAGCAGCUUUUCUGAUUUCUUGUCCAGACCGAGAUCUGCCCUGCUGCUGCGCAACCCUUUCUCCACUCUCAGCCUCGUCGCUACUUCUCUGCCGAUUCUUUGUACCACCAGCAGGCCUGCUGCCCUCUGCCGUCGCAUUCAAUUGCCUCGGUUGCUCCCACCGACACCCCGUCUCUUUUCGGUUCCCUUUCCCAGGUCAACGCUCCAUUCACCAUGGGCAUCAUCGAGGAUGAAGUCAAGGGCCUCCACGCCAAGCUCGAGGGGCUCGAGUCGCGCAUAAAGUCUCUCGAAUCCAGGCAAUUCGGUGGCCCCCUCACCGCCGAGCAGAUCCGCAUGAUCCUAAUCGGUCCUCCUGGCGCUGGCAAGGGCACGCAAGCCCCAAAGAUCAAGGAGAAGUUCAACUGCUGUCAUCUGGCAACCGGUGACAUGCUGCGGUCCCAGGUCGCCAAGAAGACCCCUCUGGGCCGGGAGGCCAAGAAGAUCAUGGACGCAGGUGGCCUCGUCAGUGACGAUAUUGUCAUUGGCAUGAUCAAGGCCGAGCUGGACAACAACCAGGAGUGCAAGGGGGGGUUUAUCCUCGAUGGCUUCCCUCGUACCGUGCCCCAAGCCGAGAGCCUCGACGCGAUGCUGAAGGACCGCAACCAGAAGCUGCAACAUGCCGUUGAGCUGCAGAUCGACGACGCCCUGCUGGUGGCGCGCAUCACCGGUCGACUGGUGCACCCGGCCUCAGGCCGGAGCUACCACCUGACCUUCAACCCGCCCAAGGUGCCCAUGACCGACGACAUCACGGGCGAGCCCCUGAUCCAGCGGUCUGAUGACAACGCAGACGCGCUCAAGAAGCGCCUCGCAACCUACCACCAGCAGACCAGCCCCGUCGUGGGCUACUACCAGAAGACGGGCAUCUGGAAGGCCAUCGACGCCAGCCAGGAGCCCGGCCAGGUCUGGAAGAGCCUGCUGGCCGUCUUCGACGGCGACAAGGACAAGGCCAAAAGCAGCGGCGCCGGCAUCCUCAGCAGGAUCGCCGGUCGUUAAAGCACACCGCGUGCGCGCGACUACUUGAAACGCCCUGCAGCUGGGCCCACCCGGGAGAAAUUUAGCCGAUGGGUCUUCUGGAUGUCACGAGACAAGGAGAAUAAUACCACCUCAAAUGUAGAAAGGGGGACGCGAUCUCGGAACUGAAAACGAUGGACAGCAGGGUGCAGGCAAACUAAUCUGUUGUCUUGCGUCGCGAAACAAAUAUCAGGAAAGCAUUCUCGGUGUCUUGUGAGCGCGAGAGAGAAUGGGCGGGAUCGCUCCUCGAAUGUGCUAUGAAUGUAUAUCAAGACGGGCGGCACUCAUACUCACGGGUUCACGCCCUGUAUGCUAUUAUGGAAGAAAAGUUGCACCUCA